ACAUAGUACAGGGGAUGACCAGAGACUGCAGACACAGUACAGGAGAUGACCGGAGACUGCAGACAACAGUACAGGAGAUGACCAGAGACUGCGGACACAGUACAGGAGAUGACCAGAGACUGCAGACAUAGUACAGGAGAUGACCAGAGACUGCGGACACAGUACAGGAGAUGACCAGAGACUGCGGACACAGUACAGGAGAUGACCAGAGACUGCGGACACAGUACAGGAGAUGACCAGAGACUGCGGACACGGUACAGGAGAUGACCAGAGACUGCGGACACAGUACAG